UGUAAAUGAAGAAAUGUAUUUUGAAGGAUAUUAGAAUAUAACAAAUAUUGAUUAUUCAAAUAAUCUUAUAAAACACUUAAAAGAGAGAUACUCUGAAGGCUUUGCAAACACAUUUAACUGUAAUAAAAAUAAUAAAAUUUAAAAAAUAUCUUAAAAAUAGUUGAAUUAUGCGAUGUGAGAUUUAUGAAAUAAAAAUUUUAAGAUGAAUAAUUUGAUUGUGUAAUUGAUAAAGGUACAUUAGAUUCUGUUUUGUGUGGAGACUAUUCAAAAUAGAACUCUUUUAAAAUGCUAUCUGAAAUAACAAGGGUUUUAAAUAAUGAUGGAGUUUAUAUUUGUGUAACAUAUGGUGAAGAAAAAAAAAGAUAAUUAUUAUUGGAAAAUGGAGAAUAAUAAUCUGUUUUGGGCAAUAUAAGAACUCAUUUACUUUAAUGA